UUUGAGCUGCGCUUCAGAAUGCUUGGUAGAAUCGCAGUUUUAUUAUUGCUCGUCGGACUUUUUGGCCCGGAAGUUCGGUCGGCGAAAGUGGAUGAUAACCAGUGCGGGGCAUUCAACGAAGAUCAGAUGCUCCAGAUGCAAAGCACCUUCGCCAUUCCCUCAGAGCACCAGUGGGUGGCCCGGAUAGUGUAUGGCAAGGGCUUUGAGGGCAAGAUUCGGGACAAUGGAUGCCUGGGCGUGCUGGUAUCGAAGCGCACUGUCUUGGCGCCCGCCCACUGCUUUGUCCAGUACAGCGGGGUAGCGGAGGCCUUCUCCGUUCACCUGGGUGUGCACAACAAGAGUGCUCCGGUCGGAGUGAGAGUCUGCGAAACGGAUGGCUAUUGCGUGCGCCCGUCGCAGGAGAUCAAGCUGGCUGAGAUAGCCAUCCAUCCGGACUACGACUCGCGAACCUUGAAGAACUCCCUGGCAGUGCUGACUCUUCAGCGAGACGCAAAGAUCUACCCGAAUGUAAUGCCCAUUUGCAUGCCACCGCCAAGCCUGCUCAAUGAGACCCUGGUCGCUCAGACAUUUGUAGUGGCUGGUCUUCGCGUCUUUGAGGACUUAAGGCUAAAGACCUGGGUAAACACGCUGAGUCGGGGCUUCUGCCAAUCGAAGGUUAAGACUCUGGUGACCAGCAGCAACACGGUGUGUGGCUACCACAAGCAACCGGUGGCGUAUUACCUGGGCGCACCUCUGGUUGGGAUGCAGAAGAAGGGGCACGUUACUCAGAACUUCUAUCUGGUGGGCAUCAUGAUCGACUGGCGCUGGGAGAACGACCGCAUCAUAUCCAGCUUCCUGGCCAUACGCAACUACAUGGACUUCAUCCGGCAGAACUCCAACUCACUGAUUGUACGCUCCUAAACCUCGAAUAAAGCCAAGAGAAAUGCCAGCUGCCAA